GACAACUAAUAACUCGUUCAUUCAUUUUAUUACAGCUCCUUCCAGAUUGUUCUAAUGUCUAUGUUAAGUUGAUUGUUUCGUAUUCAAAUUCUACCUCUCUCUUCAACCCAUCUACUUAAAUAUAAAUUUACUUGAGAUUAUAAUCUGUUGAUCAUUUUAUAUGGUGUUUGGAGCUGAUUUUUUCAUUUCUUUUAGCUGAUCAAUAAAGAUUCUAAAGAAGCCCAGAGGGUCUAUCGGAUUAAUCGAAACAAAAGUUAUGGAUGAGAAUAGAGGUGAUUCAACUGGUGGCUUCUGGUGUCAUAUGUGCAGCCAAAUGGUUGACCCGAUCAUGGAGGUUGAGAGUGUCAAAUGCCCCCUUUGUCAGGGUGGUUUCGUAGAGGAAAUUGAGACUGCCCCUGUUGCCAAUGCUUUCCGUGGCAACAACCAUUCAUCUGAAUUUGGAGGGCUGGAAGGCAUGGAUGCUGAUCGCUCACUUUCCCUUUGGGCUCCUAUUUUACUUGGUAUGAUGAGUAAUCCUCGUCGUAGGCGUAGAGUUAGGCGUUUGCCUGAGGAUGAUGAUGAUGAUGAAGUAAGAGGUGGAGAUGAAGAACAGGAACACCAUCAUCGUCAUCACCAUCAUCAUCCUGAAGGGGAGAGUGAACUAGAUCGAGAACUGGAAUCCAUCAUUCGUAGGAGGAGGAGAAGCUCCGCAACUAUUCUUCAACUCCUUCAAGGCAUUCGAGCUGGAAUACAAUCCGAGUCAGAAAAUAAUGGUGAAUCGGAUAAUGAGAGCAACAGGGAUCGCAGUAAUAAUAGAGAAAGGGAGCGUGUGAUCCUAAUCAACCCUUUCAAUCAGACCAUCAUCGUCCAAGGUGCACAUGGCUCAGGCAACAGCACUGGAAGUCAGAAUCCAGUUGGAUCUUUGGGCGAUUACUUCAUAGGCCCCGGGUUAGACUUGCUUCUGCAGCAUUUAGCCGAAAAUGACCCUAACAGGUAUGGCACUCCACCAGCACGGAAGGAAGCGGUGGAGGCAUUGCCUACUGUCAAAGUGGAUGGAAAUCUGCAGUGCUCGGUUUGUUUGGAGGACUUUGAAGUUGGGGCUGAAGCAAAGGAAAUGCCUUGUAAACACAGGUUCCAUAGCGAGUGUAUUUUUCCAUGGCUUGAGCUGCACAGUUCGUGUCCUGUUUGCAGGCAUCAGUUACCUUGUGACGAGUCAAAGGUUGACAAUAUCAGCAGCCAUGGCAUGGGUGAAACUAAUAAUGGAAACAGUAGUGGUGAAGGUGAUGCGGAAGGGACAAAUGGAACCCCGAGACGAUUCAACGUCCCUUGGCCAUUUAGUAAUUUGUUCUCAUCCUCAGGGUCCCCAAUUGUGAAUGCAAACUCAUCUUCAACAGGGUCGUCAACAAAUGCAUCUGGAAAUUCUAAUCGAACAGAGGAAAACUGAGUACGGUUAUGAGCCUCUUGUCCUACUCUAUAUAUCUUUUAACUUGUGUAAAAAGUACUCCAGUUGCAAAGUUGAUAUCUUGAAUCGAAUUUGAUAUGUGUAAUAUGCAUCUAUACUUGCAUCAAGGCUGUUUCGCCUUCUCAGCAGAAUCACUGCUCGAGUAAACUUUUCAUUACAGAAUGUACAGUUUCCAUUGAGUUUAUGAAUAUAUGCUUCUUUAAUUUGGUUUA